AUGGCGAUGCAACAAGCUAGCACCCAAGCGCAAAACGGACUCCAGAAUACUGGUUCUCCAGGCACAAUAACCCCUUUUCCUUCUCCAUCCGCCCUUGGAUGCAGCAGCCGCAAGUCGACGCUCCGAGGGCGACCCCCGCCAACCUCAGGCCUGCCAUUGGACGGGCGAAAUCAAGGUUUAGACACUGUACACGCACACACACGAUCAGGACGGGGUGGCGACCGCCCCUACUUAGUACCCUCUGACGAGUCCUCAUUGAUGGGCGUGUUCCGUGGGUCGUCGGAGGGCCUGGACCUUCUGUGGAUGAUCCGUCUGAUACGACGGAGCGAGCACGUUACGGAGGAGUGCGGUGUGCGAUGGCAAUGGCAAAUCGCAAUGGCAGAACGUUUAGGCGAGGCGGUGUGCCCGAGUGGCGCAGGAGCCAGGAAUCAGCGGGCUGCUGUCAGAUCUGAUAGGACGGACACCGCUGGACAGAGAGGAUCAGCGCUGCGCAGGCUGGCUAGUGGUUUGCCCGGGAAUCGGCGAAGAUCCAUCGGAGUGUACCUGCCGAAGUCCUGGUGCGCCCGUACACUGGUACUUGCGCUAGCACUUGUGUACGGGGUUGCGGAGGUAGUGAUCGGUAGUAUUCCCCGUGAAGAGACAAACCAGAUUCACAAAGAGGAAACGCGGGUGUCGAGGGCGGGUGUUGCCAAUAUCAACGCGACCACAAGGAGUUGCAGCGUGAAACUUGACUCCUCACAUAUUACCACAACACAAGCAGGGCAAUGCCUCCGCGAAAGUGGGGCAGAGCAGACCCAAGGCCCUGGAUGGGGCCUAGUGGGCCCCAUCAGACAGUCGGUCGGGAAUGCCAGCCCGAUUGACUGGACCCAUAAGCAGAAAUGUAUCAGUUCAAUAUCAUCGUAA